AUUUAAAUUCUUUCAAUUUUUCCCUCAUAUGCUUGAAGUCUGCACAAGUGAACAGAUCGUUGUAUCCUACAUCACAUCCUACUAAACCGGUAGUUUGCUGUCAAAUUCUGUGUUUCCUCUUCUUGGUGAAGUGUCCAAGGAACCUUAUCAGCCUUUCAACAUGAUGGCCAAAGUGGUGAUCCAAGCAUCAAUUGUUCUACUGUUCAUCGUCAACGUGUGUUUUGCCCAUGAAAAGCAGCUGGGAUUCGGAGCAUCACUGUCCAGCGGAAGUCAGGCAUCCGGUGGUAUCUCAGCCGGAGGACUAUCUUCAAUCGGCCUCUCAGGAGGACUGUCUUCAGGAGGAGGAUUAUCCACAGGAGGAGGACUCUACUCAGGAGGAGGACUAUCGUCAGGAGGAGGACUCUACUCAGGAGGAGGAUUGUAUUCUAGCGGUGGAUUAUCUUCAGGAGGAGGUCUGUAUUCCGGAGGAGGAUUGUAUUCCGGUGGAGGAUUGUCUUCAGGAGGUAUAUACUCAGGAGGAGUGAUAGUUCCAGGGCCGGUUGGUGGGGGUGGAGGACUCGGCGGAAUUGGAGGAGGAAUCGGCGGUAUUGGAGGAGGAAUCGGCGGUAUUGGAGGAGGAAUCGGUGGUAUUGGAGGAAUCGGCGGAAUUGGAGGAAUCGGCGGAAUUGGUGGAGGAAUCGGUGGAAUUGGCGGAAUUGGAGGAGGAGGAAUCGGCGGAAUCGGAGGAGGAGGAAUCGGAGGAGGAGGAAUUGGCGGAGGAGGAAUCGGUGGAAUUGGUGGAGGAGGUUUCGGAAUCGGCGGAGGAAGCUACAGCGGAAUAGGCAUUGGAGGAGGAUUUGGACCAAUCAAGCGGCCCACUUACGGUGCUGGGUUCGCCAUCAAUCCAUACACAGGCGAGCUGAUUGACUUGCAAUUUGGUUCUUCCUACUAUGGCUACACCAAUCCCUACAACCCCUAUCAUACUAUCUAUGCUGCUUAUCCUUACUACAGAUCAUCGGAAUCAGAAGUGAGCGGUAGUAGUUGAAGAAAUUAAUAAAAACUCAAUAAGGCAUAUUGAACUGUUAUGGUGAAUUUCAGGUUGAAACAAUCAAUAUUGCUAUAAUCAUUGACUUGUGCUUCAACUAUGGUGUAGGCCUAUAUAGAGAUGAGUUACUGUUCCUGCUGCUGUACAAAACAUAAAUUUGGAUUUUUUUACACUUUUAUAAAGUUUUCAAAUUUCAUAUUGAAUGAUUAUGCUAAAUUACUAUUAAAGAGUGAGUUCACUUUUUAUUUUAAUU